AUGUAUAAAACCAUGUCUGCCGAAGACAAUGUCCGGGUUGUGAUCCGAUGCCGACCACUAUUGCCAGAUCUCGAGUUAAACCAAGACAUCUGUGUUGAGGUAAUGGUGACACUUAAAGAUGUCUUGCAAUGCAAUUCUAUAAAUACGGAUAGCGACGGACAAACCAUUCGAGUUUCCGCCCGACAGUUCACAUUUGACCGAAUAUUCGGCAUCGAUUCGACACAAACAGAUGUGUUCGCACAUUCGGCUAAACAUAUCAUCGAUUGUGUACUUCAGGGAUACAAUGGUUGGUAUGGUACAAUCUUCGCUUACGGUCAGACGGGAACCGGUAAAACAUAUACCGUUUCGGGAAUACUGUCCAAAAGUUUUGAACAAAUCUUUGAUCACAUAUCCAAAAGUGGAAACGACACUAAAUUCUUAGUGAGGGCUUCUUUUUAUGAGAUAUACAACGAAGAGAUUAGAGACCUUUUGAGUAAAAGUCACUCAAAGGUAUUGGAGUUGAAGGAAUCGACACAAUGUGGUGUAUAUGUGAAAGACUUGUUGUGUUAUGUCGUCAAUAGUGUCGCAGAUUUAGAUAAAUUGCGAAAAGUGGGUGAAAAACAACGAGCGGUCGCCUCGACUAAUAUGAACAAAGAGUCGAGUCGUUCGCACACUAUAUUCACGAUUACUGUCGAAAUGAUUAUUGGAAGCGAUCCCAAGUCGGCGUCCUUAAGAGUCGGCAAAUAUAAUUUAGUUGAUUUGGCCGGUAGUGAGAGACAGUCGAAGACAGGAACUACUGGCGAUCGGCUUAAAGAGGCGGCAAAAAUCAAUUUAUCCCUCACUUCCUUAUCUCUUGUGAUCGCAGCUCUCACUGACUCUAAAGCAACUCAUAUUCCUUAUCGAAACUCCAAAUUAACUCGUAUUUUAUCUGAUUCUUUGGGUGGAAACUCAAAAACUCUUCUAAUCGCUUGUAUUGGACCGGCAAAAAUGAAUAUUGAAGAAAGUGUUAGUACUUUACGCUUUGCGUCGACGACUAAACAUAUCAAAAAUAAAGCCGUUAUCAAUGAAGACGCGAAGGACGCUCUCCUCAGACGAUUUCAGGAACAAAUCCAAGAACUUAAGCAACAGUUGGAGUUGGAAGCCGAUGAAAAUGAAGCCAAUGGAGACUCACUUCUCAAUAAUAACGAGAUAAAUGGCUCAAUGGUUCCAAUGAUUCCGAGUGAGAUCUUAGAGAAACUCAAGAGUUUAGAGAAUAAGAUAUGUGUUGGCGGAGAGAAUCUGAUAGAAAAGGCUGAAAUGCAACAGCAAUUGAUCGCCAAAAGUGAAGCCGAACUGCAAGAGAGAAGAGACAAAGAAAGGCAAUUGCAGUCAACUCUUGAGAUGAAACAAAAG